AUGAACAAAAGAGUCACGUUCUCACCUCAAAAUGAGGAGCCCGCAAAACCGGCUGAAACACAGCCAAGGAAAACAAAACUCCGUCGGACGCAUUCGACCUUCAAAAAUAAAGUUAUGCCACAACUUUUGGAAAAUCACCGCCGCAUGCUCGAGCAUAGAGAAUGCUCAAUACCUUGCAUAUUUGAGUCGCAUAGUAAGGUGUUGUUACUGUGGACGACCGUUGUCUCCGGGGCCAUCAUUUACAACCUGUGGUUACCUAUUUUGCGACAGUCUUUCGGUGGUGUCCAACGCACGUAUUUGUGGUUAUGGAUAGUGUUGGAUCUGCUCGCCGAUGUGAUCUACAUAUUGGAUAUUUUAGUCCGAACCCGUUGCACAUAUCUCGAUACAGGCUUGAUUGUGAGCGAUCGAAAAAGAACGACAGACCACUAUAUAAAGACUCGUCUAUUUCUUUUGGACGUCCUCUCUCUACUUCCCACGGACUUUCUCCAGUUCAAAAUUGGCAUGCAUCCAAUGAUUCGAUUCCCAAGAUUUCUGAAAGUCUAUCGCGCCCUGCAGUGGAGAACCAAAAUAAGAACUCUCUCGAAGAUACCGAAUGCUUGGCGUGUAGUGGGUUUGAUACACCUGCUGUUCCUUGGUUGUCACUGGUUUGCCUGUAUCUACUAUGACAUAUCAGUGUACGAAGAGUUCAGCACAAGGUGGUGUUAUUCCCCAAAUCCAUCGCUGAACUACUCCCUUGGACAAAGUUAUUUGGAGAGUUUCUACUGGGCUACAUUAGCGCUCACGUGCAUCGGAAUACAUGAGGCGCCAACAAACGCUGUUGAUGAUGCCAAUGGAUUUCUCCACGCACAACGCUGUGUGUUCCACAUCUUUGAUUUUUCACAUUCCGGACCUCCCCGGGAACCUAACUGCCAUCUCUUGAAGAUUGAGGGGGGAAUUUGCAUGCUAGUUUGGCAUGUCACACUAGAUUCCGUCGUUUAA